AACUCCUGGAAAAUUAGGAGCAAAUUUAGGAAAUUCAUAAGCAAAAUUGAAGUAUUUAAAAAGCCCUUUUCCGGCAACAUUUCGACGGCGUUAAGUUGAAGAAGCAAAAUUUCGAUUGUACUUUUGUCGGUAAGAAUAACCCAAAUGAGUUUUAUGAUUAUGGAAGGAAUUUGAGAGCAAGAUCGUCGAUCCUUGAUAGUGAGAUAUCAGAAGAGGAAGAAGGUUAUUUUUUUGCAAUAAUUCGUCCGGUGAUUGGUAUGAUUUGUUGAUGAGAAUGAAGAAAUCAUUUCGAUAAUCUAUUUUUUUCCUCUCGAAAAUCAAAAUGAAGAAGAAACGAACCCAAGAAUCCCAACUUCAAUACGAACUAGGAAUAUGUUUGAAGCAAAACAAUCUCACAAAAGCUAUUUCUCUUUAUGAUUCAGCUCUUUCUCAAAACCUUCGUUUAUCUUCUCACCACUUCAAUGCAAUCCUCCACCUUUGUUCUUCCUCUGAUUCUCUCUCCUCACCAAACAAGGCCUUAGCUCUUGAAAAUGGUUUCAGGGUUUUCCACCAUAUGCAAUCUCACAACAUCCCACAAACUGAGGCAACAAUUACCCAGGUUGCCCGCCUUUCAGCUGCUAAAAAUGACCCAGAUGAUGCUUUUGAGUUGAUUAAAUCAAUGAAAAAGAAAGGGGUCUUGCCAAAAUUGAGGACUUAUAGUCCUGCAUUGUUUGGUUUCUGUGAGAAUUUGAGGGUUGAGGAAGCAUAUGCGGUGGAGGAGCAUAUGAGGGGUAAUGUGAGGCUAGAAGAGGCAGAAGUUUGUGCCCUUUUGAGAGUUAGUGCUGAAUUGGGGAGAGAAGAGAAGGUGUAUGAGUAUUUGCAUAAGUUGAGGGGGGUCGUGAGGGGUGUGAAUGAGAAGGCGGCACACGUUGUGGAGAAGUGGUUUCGGGGGGAGAAGGCGGCUGAGGUGGGUGUUGAAGGGUGGGAUGUUGGGAAGAUGAGAGAUAAGAGGGAGAGGUGUGGGGGUGGGUGGCAUGGGAAGGGAUGGUUAGGGAAAGGGAAUUGGGAGGUGAAGAGGGUAAAGGUUGGGGAUAGUGGGGGAUGUUUUGGGUGUAGGGAGCGGCUUGUUGGUGUCGAUGUUGAUUGUGGGGAGACCGAGAGGUUUGCGCAAUCGAUUGCUAGUUUGGCUAUGGAGAGGGAAGUCAAGUCUGAUUUUAAGAGUUUUAUGGAGUGGAUUGAUAAUCAUGCUGACUACGAGGCUAUAAUAGACGGAGCAAACAUUGGGCUCUACCAACAGAAUUUUGUUGAUGGCGGAUUCAGUAUUUCCCAGCUGGAAGCUGUAGUAACAGAACUGUAUAAUAGAAAUAAGAAAUGGCCUUUAGUUGUCCUGCACAAUAAACGUCUGCGGGCUUUUCAAGGGAGUCCUUCCAAUCAAAAGCUGCUUGAGGAGUGGUUAGCUCAAGGCACGCUCUAUGCAACACCUAGUGGAUCAAAUGAUGAUUGGUAUUGGCUCUACGCUGCUGUAAAGUUUAAGUGUUUGCUUGUCACAAACGAUGAAAUGCGUGAUCACAUAUUUGAACUCCUUGGAAGCAGUUUUUUUCUUCAGUGGAAAGAAAGGCAUCAAGUCCACUAUACAUUUUUCAAAGGAGUUCCAAACCUUAAAAUGCCUCCAACAUACUCCAUUCUUGUUCAGGAAUCCGAGAGAGGAUCUUGGCACAUCCCAAUAGCCAAAGAAAACGCAGAUGAGCUCUCGAGGAGUUGGCUUUGUAUCACUAGACCAAGUAGCUUCAGUUCUAACUCAUCCAACUCUGGUGAAAUGAUGCAGAGUAAUACAUUUACCAGAUGCAAUAAUGUAGGCCAAGAUUCUCGUCACAGUUUGGAAAAUGGUGUUUUAUCACUAGCUGGUAAAAGGAAGGAGAGAGAACUGUCUCCUUCAAGGUAAUAUUAGUUCGUGUAGGUAGCAGACGUCUUCCUUUUUCGACCUGCAUUGCACGGCUCCUUGUGCUUCUCCAUGGCUAUGGAACCUAUAUGGCUAUACAAUAUACAAGACUCACUGUGAUUAUGUAAAAUGUACUAUUAUCAAAAUGUUGCCAAUGUUACACAGCCAAAUUUUUUUUGACUUUGUUUUAUUAUGUACUAAUUUGGCUCUAUAUUGAAGAAAUUCUUAGCUA